AUGCUCCAUGCUCUUCUGGCUAACAUAAUAUCUGACUCACAAGCUGCCAUCGAGCUUCUGAAGACGGUGCGGCUACUGCAGUACUUCGACCUAGCUGGAAUAGCGGAAAGCGUUGCUGAAGUCAGCGACGGUGUGUACCGAGACUCCCAGAAACACCAAAGACGAUGCGAAACCGGCAUUUUCCACAAUCUUGUCCUUAUUCAAGGGCUAUGCCCGACGGUCUCUGCCACCUAUCGACGAAGCAACCUCUUGCAAGCGAACGCCUUACUGGCAAGUCUGGGCCGAAAUAUCACGCAGCUCUCCAGAUCGUCGGGCGACAAUUUGGUCAUAGUGGAGUUUCUGGUUGAGAGGGAGGAAGCAGAUGACAUGCAGCAGAAGCAAGACGUAGUUCGAUCCAGAACAACCAGGACCAUGGCGUUGGAUUCUAGCUUUUUGGGUCCAAUGGGAGAGACUCUGAGGGUAGCAUCGUGUCAUGAGACGCUGGCGAAGACGCUGGCAGCCAGCUUGGAUCGUAUCGUCGCUGUGCAUGAUGGGCUGGGACGAAUUACUAGCGACAAGUCUAGCAAAGGAUCUCAAGAGCAGGUCAUCGAAGUGAUCAAAGACCGAAGCGGCAACCUGACUGGACUAUGGGAUGUUUGGAGGGAGGCGUGA